CACCUGCCCGCCUGCCUCUUCAGAGAGCGUUGCGUCAGGGGAAGCUGCUACCUAAUGACCUCCGAAUAGCCCUCCACCUCGCCUGCAACUCCAUCACGCCAUUCACCCACUCAGCCAUCCUUCCAUUCGUUCAUCGCGCCGAAGCUCGGACAGCCCGGAAGCUGUUGCGUACGCAGAACUCUGGUCCCGCUUUGAUCACCGCGAGACCUUCCAUAUCUUCGAAUCUCUCCCGCAUCCCCCCAUCAAUACCGCCAAACUGUCACCCAUACUCCUCAACCGUACCUCCCGCCUCAGCUUUGCUGGCGACCCGCGGCCCGGUCAUACGGGCACACCGUCUCGCAGGAUGCCUCUCGACGUAAAUGAGGCUCGGAGACGGCGUAGCAGUAGUCUUGUCUACAAGGAACCCCCCGAGUCUUUGGAGCAACUCAGCGACCAGUCUGCCCUGCCAAAUCUAAACGCGCAAUGGGUGAAUGCGAAGGGCGCAUGGGCGAUACAUUUUGUCCUCAUCGUUCUCGGCAAGAUAUUAUUUGACAUCAUACCCGGCGUAUCGCAAGAGACCUCGUGGACCUUGACCAACAUCUCGUACAUGGCCGGCUCGUACCUCAUGUUCCACUACGUCCGUGGCGUGCCCUUCGACUUCAACUCCGGUGCCUACGACAACCUCAACAUGUGGGAGCAGAUUGACAAUGGGGACCAAUACACUCCCGCGAAGAAGUUCCUGCUGUUCGUCCCAAUUGCCCUAUUCUUGGUCAGCACACAUUAUACCCACUAUGAUUUGACGUACUUUAUCAUCAACACGCUGGCCACGAUAGCCGUGGUCAUUCCGAAGCUGCCUUCGGCUCACAGGAUACGCUUCACGCUAUUUUCACCUCCGCCGGACGACUCGUAGAUGGGCUUUCGAGAUACCAUAACGCAUUGUUGGGGCCUUUGCUGUAAUUCUGCAUGUAUUUUUAAUAUCCAAUCAGGCCAGGAAGCAAGAAAUUGAGCUGCAUUAAGCGGGUAUAGGCGUUGGGAGUCAAAAUAUACGAAGAGGUGGCUACCUCACAGCGUGUUGGCUGAAUUUGAACUUCCGCAAGAUCUUUCAACUCCCACAAGAACCCCUCGUUCAUGAGCCUGGUGUGCGCCUCGUCUACUUGGUGGCGAGUGAGUGAUUCUAGCCGUGCGUGCUUCCACUCCCGAUAGAAUGCCUCAAUUGAGUUGGAAAAGAGACUUGAAGCCCUUCGUAGGUCUGAUACGUCGCCGCUUUUUUUUUGUAUCGAGGCUGUUCGGUUGGAUGUGAGAGGACGCUGUGUGCCGACGGACAACGCGGAGUUCGCCUUUGUCUCGCAAAUUGAGAGUA